AUGCCUGCGGCCAAAGCGCCCACCGGGGCGACGGCAACUCCCUCGCCCUUUUAUCACGAGUAUCAGCCGGAUUUCGACAAAGAAUUUGCGGAAACGCAGCGGUUCCUCGCCGGCAAGCAGUGCAUCAAGUCCCCGAGGAAGCUGCGGAUCAUGGCCAUUGGCGCCGGAGCGAGUUCCCUAGCCUUCGCCCGAGAAAAUGCCGGCGUAGGGGGGACCUGGUGGGAGAAUAGAUAUGCGGGAUGCGCUUGCGAUGUUCCGUCGCACAACUAUCAAUUCGCAUGGGCAGCGAACCCCAACUGGAGCAAAUACUACGCUGAAGCACCUGAGAUUAAGCGGUAUUUCGAGUCGGUUGCUCGAAAGUUCGACCUUGAGCCAUAUAUCAAGCUUGAGCACGAAGUCGUCAAGGCUCAGUGGAAAACCGCAAAAUGGGAGAUUGAAGUCAAGAACAAGGCUACCGGGCAACUCUUGACCGAUGCCGGAGACGUUCUUGUCAACGGUGUGCAGAUAACAGCGUCUAUGGUGGUGGACAAGAUGACGGUAGUCAUGCGGUCACCGACGUGGAUCACGAUUGGCUUCGCCCCUGCUUUUGCCGGGCCAGGAGGCACCAACUUCGAAUACAGCGAAGAGCAGAAGCAAAAGUGGCGAGAAGAUGCCGAGGCCUACCUGCAGUUCCGCAAGCAGGUCGAGGGCGAGCUCAGCCGAGGGCAAAACUUCUUCCUCAAGGGAACGCCGGAGCAGCGAAUGGCGCGAGACUUUUCGUACCGCGAGAUGAAGAAGGGCCUCGCUGCCAAGCCCGAGCUGAUGGACAAACUCACCCCCUCGUUUGACAUGGGGUGCAGGAGGCCGAGUCCGGGCAACGGCUUCCUCGAGACGCUUACCCAGUCGAACGUGGAUGUUGCUUGGGGCACUCCCCAAUGCGUCAAGGACAAGACGAUUAUCCUAGGCGAUCAGCGCGAGAUUCAACCCGACUUUAUUGUUUGCGCUACAGGUUUCGAGCUCUCGUAUAAGCCGAAUAACGAACGUCGUCUUUUUCAUAAGGGGGGGGGGGGUGGAGAGCUUUAG